GAAUAAAUUUCUUACAAAUUUUGUAUUUAAUGUCUAAAACUCCUGAAUACGGCCAUACGCACAUCAAAUUUAAACCCGAUCACAGACAUUCCCAAGCAAAAAAGUGGAUAACAGAAGCUUGGUUACUUAUAGCCUUUCAAUCCAGAUUCCAGAGAUUGAGGAGCGAUGGCGCUAAUGGCAGUUUCCUUGCGAGUAUCACAAACACCUAGUUUUGUAGCCUCUGUGAAAGCAAGCAAUGUUGAGCAGAGGGGCCAUCGGAUGAAUAAGCCGAUGGUCACGGUCACAUGCGCAGACAGCAGAAAGUCCUCCCGCGGCGGCGGAAUUACUCAACCGCGCCCGAUUUCGCCUGCUAUGCAGAAGUUCUUAGGCGUACCAGAGAUACCCCGCACCAAGGCCAUCAAAAAGAUUUGGGAGUACAUUAAGGAAAACAACUUACAGGAUCCAGCAAACAGGAGAGAGAUUCUCUGUGAUGAAAGUCUGAAGAGUAUCUUUGAUGGGAGAGAACGUGUCAACUUUCUUGAGAUUGCUAGGCUCAUGGGUCCCCACUUCCUAUAGCAAUGGCCGACUAGCUGUUACCAUGGUAUUUUGAAUUUUGAUGAUAUCCUAUGGAAGGACGCAUUUUUGCAGGAUAACUUUUGGAUUUUUUUUGUUGUAUGGAAAUACAGUCAAUGGACCAUCUGUUUUCCUUCACUUUUUUGUACAUUCUAAUUAUACAAGGAGACAUUAUUAUGGGUAGUUCUAGUGUGGAAGAUAUGAAGUUUGACUGCAUUUAUUCGUUUUCAUGCCCUCGGGAUUCAUCUUUUCUAGCCUUUUAUUUUGAUAUGUAUUAUUUGGUGAAAUUUAAUUGUAAUGUUGUUCAAAAGGCAUAGGAAUGGUGGUUUGUAUAACUGUUUUUUUGGUUUGUUUAUCCUUAUUAUUGAAGGCCAUAAAUUUACAAAUCUAUAUACUCUUAAUGAA